AUGACUGGGAAGCUUCCAGCGUUGACAAGACUUUCCAUCCACGGGAUGCAACAGUGUGAGCUUUCCUUGCACACACUGGCCUGUGCUCGUCAUUUGGAAAGCCUCUCGUUUGUCGGCGCACAGGUAGAGCAGCUUACGUGCUUCGGGCUCUGCCGAGCCCUCGUCGACGUGAGCUUUGUGCACUGUCACGAUUUACGCAGUCUCGCUCCACUGGCGGGAGCUGCACCAUUGAGAUUCAUUUCUGUUGUAAGCAGUGAUGUGGAGAGUCUUGACGGGCUUGCCGACUGUCCGAACCUGGAAGAGGUGCGAUUCACGGAGUGCGAAAGGCUGAGCAGUUUGGCACCACGUGCAGGAGCACCGCGGCUGCAGACGCUCUCCGCCACACAGUGCGUGGUGCGCAACAUUGAUGGGCUGUGCACGUAUCCACACUUGGAAAGUGUGGAUUUCAGCUGGUGCGCUCAGCUCCUGAGCCCUUGCAUCGCUGUCAGGGUCACCAUGCCUGCGGAGCAUCAACGCAGCGUGGAGCGGCGUUCAGUUGAUUCAGGGACUGAACUUAUGCGCGUGCCUCGAGAAGGUCAACUUCACGGAGCUGAAGCAACUACGGAGCCUCACGCCAUUGGCCGGAGCUCUACAGUUGAGAGUGAUCAGUGCUAUGCUGACCGGCACGGAAACCCUCGACGGCCUCAAGAGAUGCCUGCACCUCGAGAGCGUCAACUUGACCGAUUCGCGCAGACUGACGAGUCUCGCACCGCUAGCUGGUGCUCCACGAUUGCGGACUCUCAACGUUCGCGGGUGCCCUCUGAACUGCAUCGAUGGGCUUGGCACUUGUCCUGA